UGCACAAACCGGAAGUUCACCAAAAGGAGGCGUAUCAAGCCUAAUUGUUUACGAAUGAUCGUCUGACCAGUUACGCUAAAUAGCGGACUUCUCCAGGUUAUUUUCGGCAGCUUCACUGAACUGUAAUGCUCGGAACAGAGCGGUCUACUCUGUCUGAACUAGCGAAGAUGACGGCCGCGAGUCAAGCAGAGAGGACUGUGCUGGAGGAGGAAUUUAAUUGGCUGCUGAAAGAAGAGGUGCAUGCAGUGCUGAAACAGCUGCAAGACAUUUUGAAGGAGGCAUCGAGGCGUUUUUCCAUGCCAUCACCAGGUCUUGAAGGACAGCUGAAACAAGAGAACUUCAUUCUGGGCAGCUCAACGAUGGACCAGGUGAAAGGGGUUUUGACGCUACAAGGAGAAGCUCUAACUCAGGCUGAUAUUAAUAUUAAAGUUGCUAAAAGCAGUCAAGUCAUGCAUUUUGCAUUCCGAGAUGAUAAACAAUGGAAAUUGCAGCAGAUCCAGGAUGCCCGAAACCAUGUGAAUCAGGCCCUGCAGUUACUAAGCAGCCGUGACGAGAGUUAUCACUUCAAAACUGGGGCUGAAGUCAAUAAGCUGAUGGAUGCAGUAAUGCUUCAGUUGACCCGAGCCCGAAACAGACUCACGACCCCGGCCAGCAUGACUCUUCCUGAGCUUGCAGCCAGUGGCCUAAUGAAAAUGUUCACACCUCCAAUGCCUGGUGAUGUGAUGGUGAACUUCUAUAUCAAUCUCAGUAAACUCUGUUUGACAGUGUAUCAACUACAUGUACUGCAGCCUAACACUACUAAGAAUUUCAAAUCAGCAGGAAGUUCAGUGCUGCAUAAUCCAGGAGCAAUGUUUGAAUACAACAACACCAAGUUUGAGGUGAGCCACGUCCAUAAGGUGGAGUGUGUGGUGCCGUGGCUGAAUGACACUCUGGUGUUUUUCACCAUUUCCCUGCAGCUCUGUCAGCAGCUCAAAGAUAAGAUUUCUGUCUUCUCUAGUUUCUGGAACUACAGACCAUUUUAAGCUAUAUAUGACCAAAACUCUACAGUGAAUGAUAAUGAAAAUGAUAAAAUGACCAAUUAUUAUGCUUUAGGAUGCACUAGGAACAAAAUUCCACGAACAAGUUCUGUGAAAUAAUCUAUUGUGACUAUAUGACCAUGUAUUCAUUUUGUGUGCUUAUUGUUCAGUGUGUUCUGCGGCAGAGGUAGAGUGCGCUUUGUAUGUAGUAUACCGACUGAAUUCAUUUAUUUGAAACAACAGACUCUUCAGAUGAAGGUAUUCGGUGACUUUUUUUUUUUUUUUUUUUUUUUUUACGCAGUAUUUGUCAUUGUCAGUGUUGACUGUUUGUCAGUAAUCCUGCCUAUAUUGAUGUUAACCUCAUUUAAAGAAGUCCACUUCCAAAACAAAGAUUCACAUAUAAUGUACUCACCCCAUUGUCAUCCAAGAUGUUCAUGUCUUUUUUCUUCAGUCGUAAAGAAAUUGUUUUUUGAGGAAAACAUUUCAGCAUUUUUCAUAUAAUGGACUGAUAUGGUGCCCCGAUUUUGAACUUCCAAAAUGCAGUUUAAAAGUUCAAACGAUCCCAAAUGCGGUUGUAAAUGAUCCCAUCCGAGAAAGAAGAGUCUUAUCUAGCGAAGCGAUCGGUUAUUUACAUAAAAAUAAUACCCUUUUUUUUUUUUUUUUUUUUUUUUUUUUAAUGUCAAACACUUGUCCUGUCUUGCUCUGCCUGAACUGUUUUUGUUUCAGUUCAUGACAGUUAGGGUAUGUCGAAAAACUCCCAUCUCAUGGUCUCCCUCAACUUCAAAAUCGUCCUAUAUCACUGUUUUACCUCUUUUGUUAAGGGUGUUUGAUCUUCUUUGCAUGUUCACUUUGCAAAGACUGUGUCUGUACUUCUGCAGUGAUUGUAGAAUGAUUUUGAAAUUAUUUUUGAAGUUUUGAAGAGUUCAACAAGAGCAAGGCAAGACAAGCAUUUGAGAAUAAAAA